CUGGAAUGGGACACCUGCGUGUUACAAAAGAAGGCCUCCGCUUGGAAGGGGAAUCAGAAUUCCUAUUCCCUCUUUAUGCCAAAGAAAUCCAUUCUCGAGUGGACUCAUCGCUGCUUCUUCAGUCUACUCACAAUGUGACUGUGAAUGCUCGCAAUUCAAAUGGGGAAGUCACAGGCAGAUUAAAUGUGGGUCCUAAAAUGGUAGAAUUCCAUGGUCAACAAUUUCAGAUCAACUCAAAGGACGGCAAGCCGCUUUUCACAGUGGAUGAAAAUGAGGUUGUAAUUGGCACAGAUAAACUUCGAGUCACAGGUGUAAGGUCGCAUUAAAACAGAUACAUCACAGUGUGAUUACUCUUUAAAUGGAAGAGCUGAUCAAAGGAAAUACGGAAAUUAUCCUGU